AUGGCUGAUGUACAGGUUCUGAAGAAACGGGGCUACACCCUAGGCAUCAGUUUGGGAGAAGGAUCGUAUGCAAAGGUGAAGUCGGCAUACUCUAAUCGCCUUAAAACCAACGUCGCAGUCAAAAUUAUAAACAGAAAAAAGGCGCCUUCCGAUUUCUUGGAGAAAUUUUUACCACGCGAACUGGAAAUUCUUGCAUCUCUCAACCACCGCAACAUCGUUAGAGCCUACGAAAUUUUCGAAACCUCCGAGGGUAAGGUGUACAUGGUCAUGGAACUCGGCGUGCAAGGAGACCUGCUUGAAUUCAUCAAAUUCCGAGGAGCGUUGCCCGAAGAUUUCAGCAGAAAACUUUUUUGUCAACUGUCCUCAGCUAUCAAGUACGUCCACGAUCUCGAUGUCGUUCACAGGGACUUAAAAUGCGAAAACCUGCUUCUAGACAAAGACUUCAACCUCAAAGUGUCCGACUUCGGAUUUAGCAGGAGGAUAAGUUACGACGAAAGUGGCCGAAUGGUACUGAGCAAAACUUUCUGCGGGUCUGCGGCUUACGCGGCGCCGGAGGUCCUGCAAGGGAUCCCGUAUAACCCUAAAGUCUACGACAUAUGGAGCAUGGGUGUCGUGCUGUUUGUAAUGCUUUGCGGAUCUAUGCCGUACGACGACUCCAACGUCAAGAAGAUGCUCAAGAUACAAAAGGAACACAGAGUCAACUUCCCGCGCUCAAAGUCAGUGCCAACUGAAUGUAAAGAUCUAAUAUACAGAAUGCUAAACCCUGACGUGGCCAGGAGAAUUGAGAUAGACGAUAUUCUGGAACACUCUUGGUUGAAAGGGAAACCGAAAGGGCAUGCCGGGAGCAAAAAACACCACCAGGACGGACCGUCCACGUCAAAAAACGAGUCCAAAGAGGAGGCAAGACAUGUUCCUGACAGCGAAAACAGGACGGCCACCAAAACCGGCUCUGAGAGCAGAUGUUGCGAGGACAAACACGGCUGUGCUGGACCAUCCAGGCAAGCGAAUCCAAGAUCAGCCCCUGAAGCCAAGCCAAAUGAUUAUGAAUCCGACUAA